AUGAAGCCCGCUCCGCGCGACGCGACGACGAGCGCGGUGAAGGUGUUCCUCCGCGCGCGGCCGUGCAUCGACGAUGAGGGCUCGUUCGUCGUGCAAGCGGAUAACAAGACCGUCAACGUGGACCUCAAACCCGACAAGACCGCCGCGCGACGAGGCCUGGACGUCAACAACGCCGCGGACGGCUUCGCGUUCACGUUCGACAACGUCCUCAAGGAUAUCAACCAGGAGGGCGUCUACGAUCACUGCGCGAGCGAGGUGGUGGAUAACGUCAUGAACGGGUACAACGGCACGGUGUUCGCGUACGGGCAGACGGGCGCGGGGAAGACGUUCACGAUGACGGGCGAGCCGGGCGAUUACAAGCAGCGCGGCGUCGUCCCGAGAGCGGUCCACCACAUCUUCCACGAGAUGGACCUGCGAGUGGAGAAGGAAAAAGUCGUUCGCGUCUCCUACCUCGAAAUUUACAACGAGCAGAUGUACGACCUCCUCGCGGACUCCUCCGAGGACGGCGGGAUCCCGUCGCGCCGAGAGUCCCUCACGAUCGUCGAGCGCGGGGACGAGGUGCGAGUGAAGGGUCUGACGAAGAAGUACGUCGCGAGCGAGGCGGAGGCGCUGGCGGCGUUUUUCGCGGGGGACGCCAACAGAGCCGUCGCCGCGCACGCGCUCAACAAAUCCUCCUCGCGCUCGCACUGCGUCUUCACGAUUCACCUGGAGCAACGCGCGACAGGGGACGGGCCGGAUAAGACGAUCGUGUCGAAGCUUCACCUGGUCGAUCUCGCCGGGAGCGAGCGCGUGAAGAAGUCGCACGUCACCGGCGCGCUGUUCAAAGAGGCGACGUUCAUCAACCGAUCGCUGAGCUUGCUGGAGCAGACGGUGAUGGCGAUGUCGAGGAAGGACAAGGCGAUUCCGUACCGCCAAUCGAAGCUCACGAGCGUGCUUCGCGAUUCGUUGAUUGGGAACUGCAAGACGGUCAUGAUCGCGUGCGUGUGGCCGGAGUUUGGACACGUGGAGGAGACGGUGUCCACGUGUCGGUUUAGCGGCCGCGUGCGGACGCUGCGCACGAACCCGGUGAUCAACGAGAGCAAAGACCCGCGGGUGCUGCUUCGCAAGUACGAGCGGCAGGUCCAGGAGCUGAAGCAAGAGCUCGCGAUGCGGGACACGUUCGCGAACCGCGAGACGGUCAACUACGGCGACUUAUCCGAGAUCGAGCGCACGGAGCUGAGCGAAAAGGUGAGGGAUUACGUGCACGGGAUGACGACGCUGGAGGAGCUGCCGUGCGAUUCCCUGAAGCGCGUGAGAGAGACGUUCAAGCUGUUCAAGGCGUUCCAUCUGCAGAUGCGCGAGGAACACGCCGCGGAGAUGGCCGCGCGGCCGUCGCCGCCCGCGGAGGAUGACGCGGCGGUCUCUUCGGAAGAGACCACCGCGGAGGCGCAAAACGCGGAGGAGGCGCCUUCCGCGGCGGAGGGAGAAGAAGACGGCGCCGCCGCCGCGGAGGGCGACGGCGACGGCGACGAGGUCGGGGACGUCGACGACGGCGACGGCGGGUUCCACCUCGGCGUCGCGCCCGACGACGCGGCGCCGCCGGCGGACCCGGAUUCCGACCGCCCGCGGUCCGCGAACGCGCAGCUCGCGGGCGCGCUCGGCGGGACGGGCGUGCGGCCGCCGAUUCUCGCGCCGGAGAUGAGCGUCCACUCGAAGAAGAACUCCGCGUUUGCAAUCUACAAAAAGAUGAUCGCCCCGGAGAGAGCCGCGGAGCUCCGCGACAAGGUGGAGACCCUGCGCGUCAAGCGCGUCGAGCUCAACGCCGCGGUCGAGGUCGUCAACGCCGCCAAGGCGAGCAUCGACGAGCUGUCCGUCGUCGUGGAAGAGAUGCGCUCGGCGGCGGCGGCGGACGAGAAGCUCUCGGCGAAGGCGUCGACGCUUCGUCUCGACGCGGAGGCGGAGGCGUCCGCGUCCGGAUCCGGCGCGGCCGCGGCGACGCCUUCGCGGGAAGGGAGCCCCGGCGGAUCCGUCGCGGGCGCGGGCGCGGGCGCGGACCCUUCCGCGACCUCGAUGCUCGCGGACGAGGUGAUCGACGAGGAGACGUACGCCGCCAUGGCGCGGCUCAAGGCGACCAAGGGGGAGUACCGCCGCGCGUACGACGAGGUGAAGGAUCUCAAGACGGCAGUCGCGCCGCACGUGACCGCGGUGCAGGAGUGCCGCGCCGAGCUUCUGCGCGAGUUUCAGCGGUGGUACGACGACGGCGGGCACGGGCAGAUCGGCGGCGUCGGCGCGAGCGAGGAGGAGCUCGAUUACGGCGAGCAGUUCGUGAGCAUGGAGCUGCAAAAGAUCGCGAGCGAGGAUCCGGAGAGCGUCGCGUUUUUCGCGGCGAAGAAGACGAUGCGGCAGGCGCCGCGGAGCGUCCCGCUCUCGCUGACGCGCUCGCGGGGGAGGUGA